AUGUGUGUUGACCACAAUAGUGGAACCGGUCAGACACCGGGAACAGUCACACAGCCCAACAAUCUUACCGACCAGGAGGUCAUCAUCGAAGCCGAUGAACAGGAUGACGCUUCUGAGAUCGGGACGGAGAGCGUAGCAUCAUCAAGCACAAGCGUCACUAGCUCUAUUCUUGAUUAUCGUAUUGAGAAUGGGAGAACGUAUCACAAGUAUAAAGACGGAAAAUACAAUCUUCCCAAUGACGAGGCGGAACUUGAGAGACUUGAUUUGCAACACACUCUAUUCCUGCUCACCUUCUACGACAAGCUUGGCAAUGCUCCUCCAAAUGACCCAGGAUCAGGGGUCAGAAGGGUUCUUGAUGUCGGUACUGGAAUUGGCGCUUGGUCGAUUGACUUUGGUGAUGAACAUCCCGAGGCCGAGGUUCUUGGCAUUGAUCUUUCCGCGACGCAGCCAUUAUUCACGCCUCCCAACGUUAAAUUCGAGAUUGAUGAUCUUGAGGAGCCGUGGACUUUCUCGCGACCCUUCGAUUACAUCCACAGCCGAAUGAUGAACUCGUGUAUCAACGAUUGGAAACAGUACAUUGAUAAGUGCUACGAAAAUCUUACGCCGGGUGGUUGGCUAGAGGUGAAUGAAAUUGACGUUGCUCCUCUGUCAGAUGACGGCACCUUGAAACCUGAACACUCGAUAUCGCGCACUGUGCGCUUGCUUCAAGAAGCUUCAGACAUAUUUGGUCGUGCCUAUCAAGACGUCAAGCAAUUGAAGUUCAUGAUGAUGGAAGCUGGCUUUACGGACGUAACCAUGCGACACUUCAAAUGGCCAACCAACUCCUGGCCGAAGGAAGCCCGACACAAAGAACUCGGGGUAUGGCAUAAUGAGAAUCUCUCCCAAGGGUGGGAGGGGAUUUGCAUGGCGCCUCUAACGAGAGCUUUGGAAUGGACUAGGGAAGAGGUCAUUGUUCUGAUGGCAGAGAAUCGCAAAGACUUCGCGGAUCGGAACAUCCAUGCCUAUUUUUCAAUCUGGUCGAUUUAUGGCAAGAAGCCGGAAGAAUCUGAAGAGGUGACGUCGAAUAACACUUGA